AUGCAAGCGGCGUUUUUUCCCAUUUUCGUCGCGACAGCGAGAAAACAACGCGACCAUCGUCGGGAUAACGGCCUCGGAUUCGCUUCUGGAUCGAGCACGCAUCUCGUCGACAACGACAACGACAACGACAACGACAACGACAACGCGGUGGACGAGUGGUCGGCUCCCAGCAAGUCGAUCGCGCUCCUUCCCACCGAUCGAGAACUCCUCGAACGAUUCGUCAAGCGAAACAUCGACGAGAUCGACCGGACAGCUUUCGACAAUUUCUUCAAGCGAAACCUCGACGAGAUAGGUCGCGUUGGCUGGAACGGAUUCGUCAAGAGACUGGCCGAUUAUUUGACCACCAACAGAAGCAACGUCCUGGCACGCCGCGGCUAA